UGAGGAUUGCUUGUGGGAGUAGCAUCCCCUGACACGAUCACGGAAGUGAACCACCCGCUAGCUUGCAACUUUAUCAGGCUUAGGUCGACAGUUUAAAGCAAAGACCGACCACAAUGAGCCAAAAGAUUCGUCCAACAAACGUUUCCUCGCUGUUGCUGAGCUCGACAGAAAAUGAUUCAUUGUUCCAGUGCCUAGGGCGAGGAUGUGUGACAUUAUCUUCAGGUGUUGUGCAGCUCUACCUUGUUGAUGGGUCAGAUCGAAACAAGUGGAACAAACGUUGCUGUGGUGUUGCUUGUUUUGUCAAAGAUAAUGCCAAACGUUCUUACUUUAUCCGGGUCUUCGAUAUCAAGAAAGGGCAGCUGAUAUGGGAACAAGAAGUAUAUAAUCAGUUUCGUUACAAGACUCCCCGGGAGUAUUUCCACACUUUUGAGGCUCAUACUUGUUAUGCUGGGCUAAACUUUGCCAGCGAAGAUGAGGGCCAGUUCCAAAAAGUUGUGGAGGGAAAGCUUCAUGAAAGACAAUUGCGUCGGCGGGAAAAGAAACGUCAGCCAGGCCAGGCAGAGCCACCACCUCUUGCUAACCGUCCACCACCAAAUCAGAGCCCUUCACAAGCUAGUACACUAAUGCAGCCACCUGCAAGCAACCUGGAAGUCAGCAGCAAAAAUGGAAGCACAACCGUCUUGAACAAAAAAGAUAAAGACAAAAUAAAUAAAGCCAAAAAAUUGACCAAAGCAGAUAUUGGAGCACCAACAGAGUUCAGACAUGUCAGUCAUGUAGGCUGGGACCCAACCAAGGGUUUUGAUAUGAACAAUCUAGAUCCUGAUAUGCGAACACUGUUCCAAUCAGUAGGGCUGACAGAAGACAAUGAUCUGGACAAAGAUACUGUGGAUUUCAUCUAUGACUUUGUAGAAAAACAUGGUGGGAUAGAUGCAAUAAGACAAGAAAUUAAGCGAGCACCCCCUCCAGCUCCUCCUGCUGUUCGAGGAGGACCUCCUCCACCUCAGCGCACGCCAGCUGCACCCCCUCCACCAUCACGAGGUGCAGUGCCUCCUCCUCCCCCAUCCCGUGGCCCUUCCAACAGCCAUGCAGGCGCACCACCUCCUCCUCCUCCAAAUCGUGGACCAGCUCGUGCCCCUAAUGCUGCACCGCCCCCUCCUCCCCCAGCUGCAGGCAGGUCAGCACCACCCCCUGUGCCACCAACCGGCCGUAGUGUGCCACCUCCUCCCCCACCCAGCGUGGGGUCUUCUCUUCCUCCUCCUCCACCCCCAGCAGCUGGACCACCACCACCACCUCCUCCCCCACCUCCACCACCUGGACCAGGCAUGGAUAUGGGGAGCUCCGGCAGCGGAGAAGGACGUGGUGCACUUUUGGCCGCUAUUCAGGCAGGGACCAAACUCAAGUCACUAGAUGCCAGUGAGCCAGCAGGUCGCCCUGCAGAUUCUCGUGGCCAACUCUUGGAUGCCAUUCGACAGGGUGCCAAGCUGAGACAGGUUGAUGAGCAAGAAGUCCGCAGCUCUAUGGAGGUUUCACCUGACAUGCAGGAUGGACUUGUUGGGGCAUUGGCUCGUGCUCUGGCCAGUCGAAGGCCAGCUGUAGAGAGUGAUGAAGAUGAGAGCUCUGACGAGGAAGAAGAGGAGGAGGAUGAUGAUGAGUGGGAUGACUAACCUGAUCCUGAGGACAAGAUCAUGAAACGUGCUUUCCUGUGAUUGUUUGAAGCGCUGUCAUUUUCUCUUGAAGGGUUCUCAAGUUUAUCUUAGCUGCUUUGACUCCUUUUCUUCCCUCCAAUCUUGAUCUUACUGUUCUAAUAUUUAUGGUGAAACUAAAUAUUAAACUGUCAAAGCAACAGUUUUGUGCACUGUCAAACAUUUUGUAAAAGGGGUGGUGAGAUGGGGUGAGAUGCAAGUGACAUUAGAAUCUGUAAAGAACAGUGUCAAAUUGCCCAGUUUCCUCACACUGCCCUUGUGGGUGUGCACACAUAGAUUUUACUUUCUCAAGCAUGCCAUUCGUACAGCUGUCACUGCUGCAUCUUCGCUAAAGAGCAGUUACACGUUGGCAUUAAACAGUUUUCCAUAACAGACAAUGGAAUCCUAUGCAGCAUGGCACCUUUAAACUUUUUUCUUAGAUGGCACUCUUAAAAUCUCAUCCUGUCACUUCUGUAAUUUAAGAUUCUUCUGCAUCGGCUGUUGGUGAAAGAGUCACAAGAAGUUGGGCUUAUAUGCAUGCAUAAGCAUUUUUGCAAAUAUUACCAUUUACACAGUUGAGUAAGUUAAUGAGCAGUAGCUGCAGUCAGGUCAAUUAAAAAAAAAAUAGAACGUCUGCUGUGGUUAUUUAUAUUGUUGCUGUGAGAAAAUUUGAACUAUGCUGCUUGGCAUUUUCUUUUGUAAAUGUUCUUGCUACAUAUAUGUGUAUAAAAUCCUCUUAUAUUCAGAUCUUCUGCUAGGGAAAAUGACUAUUGCCAAAAGUUCAGUAGGUUAGCAGCACUGACAGUGCAGGCUAUAGGAUCAUACCUGCAGAGAAACCUGCUUUAGGGAAUGAGAAUGUGGUCAGUGUUUGUGCCAUACGAUACUAUUCUGCAACCCACAAUGUAAAACAGUAUUAAAGAACAAUAAUAAUAAAGUGAUUUCAAGUCGUUGAAGACAAAUGUAGAUGUGCAUCAGAAAUGUUGCAAGGAGUAGGAUGUGGGGAUUAACUGCCCACCAGUUGAACUGUUGAUUUCAUGCCACAGGUAAUGUCUGUGUUAAGCUAAUGCAGUUACAGUUCUUGCUUUAGGUAAAUUCACAGAUUUGAAAGAAAUGUGCACCCCUGUACCCUCUAACAAAUGCGAAAUUCCUUAUGCACAAAGCAGAUGUAAUAUAAAUGUGAGCAGGGUUCAUGGUGAAACAGAUGAGAGCUGAGAAUCAUUUCUUAGUGUCCCUGUGUCUGCAAACAUGGUGUAGUUUAAUACACCUAAUAACCUGCGUUUGAGUACAUUUGAUGAUGCAUAAAGGUAUUUGUGUAUGCCUUUGUUAUUUAGGCAAAGGAAGUCGAUACAGGAAAAUUCAGUGUACAAAUGACUUUAUAUAGAAGUUUCCAGGUUAUCCACUUAUGUAAAGCAAGAACUGUGUUUUGCUGACUGUUUGCUAUGUAAUAUGUAGCUGUAUUGUGCAGUUAUUGUCUCAGUUUAACAAUCUGAAUAAAUUAUCUUUUCACUGCA